AUGCGUGAUAUUUGUGCCAAAACUCAGCGAGACACGAUUCAACGAUCGAUGCCAAUAACGAAGUGUCAAGUUGUGUUGGUAUGUGCAAUAAUCUGCAACUGCUUGAUCCUUUUUUACGUGUCUCAUGUGCAAAACAUCAACGGGGAGUGGUUCGAACAAAGCCGAUUAGCUGCUAUUAAGCAGAAAAUUGCCUUCGGCAAGACAAAGAAUGCCGCGGAGCCAAGCAGACAAUUUGAAAGUGAAGUGACAGUUGUGUUCCUUGAAUUCGAAGAAUUCGAGAAUGACCUUCCACGUACAAUUCGCUCCAUCUUGGAUCACUUCCCAAAUAUCCAUGUUGUAGUGAUAUCACGAAAAAGACCUUACCCCCCUUUAGAAUUACCUAAUGGCAAAAUUCAGUUGGUUGUACAGGAAAUACAACCCGAUCAGAAGCAAUCUUCUGGAAGGCCAGAGAAUUAUAUUACUACACAAUACGUCAUGUUUGUGCCAGACAGUGUCCGAUUUGACUCCACAAGCUUGCCAGUUAUGAUGCUUUCUGAAUUAAAGGCCAUGGCAAGCAUCAAGCCACAAGUAAAAGUUGUUGCUGUGCCAGUUAAGACAAGGAUGGCCAUUCAGUGCAACAACCUUGCUUUUGAUGUCAAGCGCUGGACUUUAGAAUAUUCGGUUUCUGAGGAAGAAGCAGAGAGCUAUUACAGAACAUGCGAUUCUGUAAGUCCAAGUCAAGUGAUUUUGUUGAAAACGGCAUUUCUUCAUAGUCUUAGUGCACCAUACAUGCGGCCCUUUCCCGAAAGUGUAUUUAUACAAGCAUCAUUGCACCACAUCAAAACAAAACUUCUCCAUAAGAUGUCUUUCUCACCAGGGUUUAAAUUAUUUACCAAUGCUCACACGGCUUGGAAGUUUGAAAACAAUGUAAAAACAAGAACAAAUGAGAUGUACCUUAAACUUGGAGUGAAGAAAGUUGCUCAUCCUUCUGGACAGGUCAGUUGGUAUGGCUGUGCAAAGGACACAGGACGAUGCUUUGGCACUGUUUAUGAUGACAUGCCAGAAUAUUUGUACAUGUCAAGAUGGACACCUCCUUGUUGUCUUAACCACCUAAGGGAGACUGCUCAUUAUCUCUUUGAUAUUCUAAACACGGCAGGCGUGCGCUACUGGUUAGAGGGAGGGAGCUUACUGGGUGCUGCUCGUUACGGUGAUAUUAUUCCAUGGGAUUAUGAUGUGGACAUUGGAAUUUUUCAGCACGAGAUUAGCAAGUGUUCUUAUCUUGCUGAAGCAGAAAAACACUCAAACAGUGGGACAAAGUUUAUUGAUGACAAAGGUUAUACUUGGGAGAAAGCCAAGGAAGGAGAUUUUUACAGAAUCCAAUACAGUCAAUACAACCAUUUGCACGUGGAUAUUUUUCCAUUUUUUGAAAAAGAUGGUGUGAUGACUAAAAGAACAUGGUUCAAAACACACAGACAAGACAGGGAAUUUCCAGCUAGUUAUCUCAAGCCUCUAGAGACCAUUGACUUCGUCGGGAUUAAAGCCUCAGCCCCCAAUCAUGUUCGAGAGUUUCUAGAAUUUAAGUUUGGUAAAGGUGUCAUAGAAAACCCACAAUAUCCCAAUCCAUUGAAGCUCAAAAAGAAAUCCAUUGUUAAAUAUUAG